AUGUCUCAUCUUUAUAGCUGCAAUAUAGAUUCCCUGAAGCCACUGCUGCACAAGCCAAAGAGGAUCAUUUCCAAUCGCCUCUGGGGAAGCAUGAAUUUAAGCAUAAUCCUCAUCACGUUGGGAAUUGUGACCACUCACCACAUAUCUGAGGCUGUGUUUCCAAUCUUCUUUGACUGUUGCACAGAAGUCGCCCAUUUUGUUCCCCGAAGUUGGCUUAGAAGAUCAGUGGUGAAGUUUGAGAUCCAGCAGGGUGGGGAUUUAUGCAAAAUACCAGCUGUGAUCCUUCACACGAGACACAAAAAGUUAUGCGCAAGUCCACAGAAUAAAAAUGUGAAAAAGUGGAUGAAGCAGAUGGUCAAGAGACGCCAGAGGAAAGGGCUUCACACCUGGAAGAGAUGGAAAGGGAAAAAGAGGAGGAAAAAUGUGAGGAAACAGUGAUGCACCGUCUGCUGAAGCGGCCACAGAGAUGCUGCCAUCUGUACUGUGCAAU